AUGCCUACCGAAGCUCAGGUCGCCGGCGGCCAUAAGGCCAACAUCAACAACCCCAACACGUCGCAGGAGUCCAAGGACCGCUCCCAGAAGAUCCUCGACAACGAGUUCAACGGCGGCGACGUUCCCAAGGCCGGCGACCAGGAGAACAAGAACCCCGGAAAUGUUGCUGGCGGGCUUAAGGCCACCCUCAAGAAUCCCAACGUCUCGGACGAGGCCAAGGAGUCGGCCAAGGAGCGCCUCAACCAGAUGUAG